ACUACCGACGUUUAUAACUUCAACUCAUUCAGGUUGUCUGAUAAACGUUAUCACUCAUGCAUGUAAACUGUAAAUAAAACCGCAUUGUUUUUUUUCAUAUUGAAAUUUAAAAUACCUAUUAGUAUGUCGAGCAUUUAACGAUAACUGAUUGUGCCUUGUUGUCAGCCAUUAAAAGAAUUUUGACGAAACCCUUUAUAAUGAACUUGAAAGGUGACGAAAUAGAAAUAACCCGCAGAAGGAAUCUACCGGCCUUCCAAGGAAUCGGUUCAGUAGUAAAAACUAAAAAAAAAGAUGUAAAAAAUGUUGUCAACACCGAACAAUCCGAAACUAAACGCCAGAAUGCAUUGGCCGAAAAAUGGAAAACAUUACAAGACCGAAAGUGUACAAUUGCAAAUGCACUAAAGGGAGAAUCAUUGAACAAGAAAAUAAAAUUUGAUGAAGAUGGUGAUCAACAAAAAAAUGAUUUCAAAGUAUCUAAACAAAAAAUGUCAUUGUUUGAUGAUGAUGAUAAUACCAGUGAUCAUGAAAAUCAAGGAGAGUUAGUAUCAGAUUUCAAGCUAAAAUUACGAUUUGAAGGUGAAAAAGGCAAAAAGUUAUUCCAUAUGCAAACUUCUAAAGCUACUGGUGAUGACCGAUUUGUAAUGGACAAACGAUUUUUUGAAGAACAAGAAACUACUGAAAAAUUGAGCGAUGAUGAGAUAGAAAAACAAAUGAAUAUUUUGGAAAAUGUGAUUGGACGAUCAAUUACCAAACCUAAUAAGGCUAAAGGAGAUGAAAUAUUUAAUAUGGUGAGAUAUGAUCCAACACAAGAAGAACAUAAAAAAUAUAUAAAAGAUAAACCAGAUUUACCAAAACAAAAACGACCGAAAAAACAAAAAGUAGAACAGAACAAAGUUGUAGCUGAAGCAGUUGUUGAUACAACAAAAUAUUAUAAAGUUGGCGAUAAACUAAAAGAUGUAUUUAAUUCUCAAAAUCAAUUUAGCUUUUCCAGCUUAUUUUCAACUUCUGAUAAAAAUGAUUAUGAUGUAGACAAAAAUGAAUAUCUAUCAGAAAAAAUAUCUAAACCUCAAAAAACAUUUGGUCGAAAUCCAUUUAUUGAUGACUCUAGUGACUCAGAAAGUGAAGAAAACAAUUUUGAAGAUAAAGAAAAACAUUUUGAUACUAAGACUAAUGAAGUGCCUUCAGGAAAAUUUUUAGGAUCUAGAGGUGUUUGGCGAGAAGUCUUUUUUUUCAAAGUAGAUGAUUCUAGAUUCAAAGAUGCUCAAGAAUUUUAUGAUCCUCAGUUUAAUAAAAUCAAUUAUACAGGAAGUCAAGAUCCAAGAUUUAUUAAGAGAAGGGAUAUAUUAAGAGACUUUUUGAAAAACAAAGAUAAAAGACAUAAACGAGAUGUAGGCAAAAAGAUGUUUAGUAGAAAACUUGGAGGAACCCACAAUGACUUUAAAAAUGAUAAAAUUCAUAAAAAUAAACCUACAACUAAAACAAAAAAAAAUAAAGAGGGAAAAAAAUUUAAAUCAAAUAAAACAUCUUAA